GGACGAUGAAAAGAAUACAGACCAAUCAUGGCGGGAAGUUUACCCGAGAACGGCGUCCCAGGUCACCAUUACUCAAAACAGCACGAUGAAGAUCUCCACAAUGGUCUUAAACCUGGGGAGGAAGUGAACGACAGUCCAAUUGAGCAAGUCCGGCUGACGGUUCCGAUCACCGACGACCCAACCUUGCCGGCGCUGACUUUCCGGACAUGGGUCCUGGGAAUCAGCUCGUGCGUGUUCUUGGCUUUCCUCAACCAGUUCUUCGGCUACCGCUCCAAUGCUCUGUCCAUCACCUCUGUUUCGGCUCAGAUUCUGGUUCUGCCGCUGGGGAAGCUGAUGGCCGCCUCGCUGCCAGAAACCAGGAUCAAGCUGCCUUUUAUCCGAUGGUCAUUUUCGAUGAAUCCGGGGCCAUUCAAUUUGAAAGAGCACGUGCUGAUCACCAUUUUCGCCAACUGUGGUGCCGGCGGGAUUCUGGCGCUUGGUAUUGUUACUGCCGUCAAGGCGUUUUACCACAGAAAGAUUCAUAUCAUGGCCGCUUUGCUCCUCGUCCAGACCACUCAGUUGCUUGGGUAUGGAUGGGCUGGAAUGUUCAGAAAAAUCCUGGUGGAUUCACCACACAUGUGGUGGCCUUCAAACCUGGUCCAAGUCUCUCUUUUCAGGGCGUUACAUGACAAGGAGAAGAGAUCAUCAGGAGGGCAAACCAGGCUGCAGUUCUUCACCCUCGUGUUUGUGUCGAGCUUCGCUUACUACAUCGUUCCGAGCUACUUAUUCCCUUCGAUCUCGACUCUUUCGUUCAUGUGCUGGAUAUGGAAGAACUCCAUCACUCCUCAGCAGAUCGGGUCGGGGCUGAACGGGCUCGGGAUUGGCUCGUUCGGUCUCGAUUGGUCGACUGUAGCCGGGUUCUUGGGCAGUCCUCUGGCCACUCCUCUGUUUGCCAUUCUUAAUACAAUGGCGGGGUUCUUCCUGUUCGUUUAUGUCAUCCUUCCAAUUGCAUACUGGAACAACGCAUUCAGCUCCAGGAGGUUCCCCAUGAUCUCUCAGCAGACGUUUGACAGUUCUGGACAAUUGUACAACAUUACCAGGAUUAUCAACGAGAGGGAGUUCGACAUCAACCUCGGCGAGUACGAAAGUUACAGCAAGCUCUAUCUCAGCGUCACUUUUGCUUUUGUGUAUGGGUUCAGUUUUGCAUCUCUGGUCUCGUCGAUUACACAUGUUGCGCUCUUUGAUGGGAAAUCAAUUUGGGACCUGUGGAAGAAGACUUCAGCAGGAAGCAAAGACCAAGACACAGAUGUUCACACAAGACUGAUGAAGAAGAACUACGAAUCUGUUCCGCAAUGGUGGUUUCUGGCAAUUGCAGCGGUGUCCUUUGCACUUUCUCUGUUUACCAUUGAAGGGUUUGGUGGACAGCUUCAGCUUCCAUGGUGGGCGCUCCUUUUGGCUUGUGGCAUCUCCCUCAUCUUCACCUUGCCUAUUGGGAUAAUUCAGGCCACAACAAAUCAGCAAAUGGGCAUAAAUGUGAUCACAGAGUUGAUCAUAGGGUAUAUGUACCCUGGAAAGCCUCUGGCUAACGUGGCAUUCAAGGCAUAUGGCUACAUUAGCAUGUCACAAGCUCUGAGUUUCUUAGCAGACUUCAAAUUAGGGCACUACAUGAAAAUUCCUCCGAAAUCCAUGUUCCUGGUCCAGACAGUAGGGACGAUUGUCGCUUCAACGGUCCGAUUCGCGACAACUUGGUGGCUUCUUUCGAGCGUCCAGAACAUCUGCGAUACGACGAAGCUCCCAAAGGGCAGUCCAUGGACAUGUCCAGGGGACAGCAUCUUCUACAACGCUUCGAUCAUCUGGGGAGUGAUCGGUCCUCUCAGGAUCUUCAACGUCAAGGGAAACUACGCCAAGAUGAACUGGUUCUUCAUGAUCGGCAUCCUGGCCCCGAUCCCAGUGUGGCUCCUGUCGCGCAAAUACCCCGAAAAGAAGUGGCUUCGACUGAUCCACAUGCCCAUCUUCAUAUCGGGCAUGGGCGGUCUGCUGCCCGCGAAGCCAGUUCACUACCUGUCGUGGGGAGCAGUCGGGAUUUUCUUCAACUACUACGUUUACAAGAGGUUCAAAGGGUGGUGGGCUAGACAUACGUACAUUCUCUCUGCUGCGAUGGAUGCUGGUGUUGCUUUCAUGGCCGUGAUGGUGUACUUCACUCUGCAGAGCAAGAACAUCUAUGGCCCGCAGUGGUGGGGUUUGGAAGCCGAUGAUCACUGUCCUCUGGCGAAAUGCCCUACAGUUCCUGGGAUUGUUGUGCCUGGAUGCCCUGCAGUUUACUGA